AUGACGGAACAAGAGGAAUACCGCAUCCACACCCUCGGCUUCAUCGGCUGCGGCAAACUCGGCAGUGCCCUCCUCCAAGGCCUGCUCCUCAACCCCCCGCCCCCUCACCUCCAGCACAUCCACAUCACCGUCCGCACGCCCUCCACCGCCGCCCGCAUCGAGUCCACGCUCCUCUCCCCCGCCGCCGCCGCACCCAUCCCCACCACCAUCACAAACAGCGUCGACGACAACAACUCGCUGAUCGCCACCUGCCUCGCCUCCUCCGCCGUCAUCCUCGCCUGCAAGCCCACCCAGCACGCCGCCAUCCUCAGCACCCCCGGCCUCGCCGCCGCCCUAGCCGGCAAACCGCUCAUCUCCCUCCUCGGCGGCGUCACCGAGCAGCAGCUAGCCGCGAGCCUCGCCUCGUCAUCAUCCCCGCCAUCAACCCAAUCCCCAUCCCCGUCCCCGUCUCCCACCCCCAACAACACCGCCGCCGUCAUCAUCCGCGCCAUGCCCAACGCCGCCGCCGCCGUGCGCCGCAGCACGACGCUGCUCGCGUCAUCCGAACCAAUCUUCCCCGCCGUCCGCGCCCUCUUCGCCACCCUCGGCACCGCGCACGUCGUCGUCGCGCCCGCGCUCGAGGCCGCCGCCGUCGUCGCCGCGUCCGGCCCUGCCUUCUUCGCGCGCGUGCUGGGCGCCGCCGCGGGGGCGCUGGGCGACGUCUUGCCUGGUGGUGGUGGGAAGCUCGCUGCUGCGGCGGAGGAGGACGAGCUGGAAAGGGAACGAUUGGCGGUGCGGUUGGCGGCGGGGGCGAUGGGAGGGGCGGCGGCGUUGGUGGAGGACGGCGGGUGGGCGCCGGAGGAGGUGGUGGGACGGGUGGCGUCGACGGGGGGGUCGACGGAGAGGGGGUUGGCGGUUUUGGAGGGGUGGGGGGUGGAGCGGGCGGUGGGGGAGUGCGUGAGGGUUACGUUGGAGGCGGCGAGGGAAUUGGGGGGGAAGGGGGGUGCAGCUGGUGAUGUGAAGGACGAGGGGGUGGUGGGAGCUGCUGCCGUGCCUGCGGAUGGGAUGAUGGAUGCGGUGGUGUUGGAGGGGGAGGGGCGGGUGGCGGUGAAGCGGAGGCCGGUGCCGGGUGUGGAGGGGCCGGGGGAGGUGUUGGUCAAGGUUGAGUUUAGUGGGCUGUGUGGCAGCGACCUUCAUCUGUACAGGGGGACGGAGGACUGCGGCACGGAUUUUAUCCUGGGACAUGAGUUCACCGGUCGCGUCGUGGAUGCAGGAAAGGAUGUGAAAAAGUUCGCCGUGGGUGACCGCGUCGUGGCGGCUUUUACAACGAGCUGCGGACAAUGCUUCUACUGCAAAGCAGACUUGUCAUCCAGGUGCACUUCCUGCAUGGUCUUCGGAACUCCCAAACUCGGAGGCGCCCAGUCUCAAUACGUUCGGGUUCCCUUUGCGGACACAACCUUGACCAAAGCACCUGCGAACAUCCACCCGCGAAACCUGAUCCUGAUGGCGGAUAUUUUCCCCACCGGAUUCUUCGCCGCCCGCAACGCCUUCUCCCGCCUCCCCGCGCACCGCGCCCGCACCAGCACCGUCGCCGUCAUCGGCUGCGGGCCCGUCGGGCUCUGCGCCCUCGCCGCCACCACCUCGACCCACGCGCCCGCGCACCUCCUCGCCAUCGACGCGGUGCCGUCCCGUCUGCAAAACGCGGCGUCGCUCGGCGCCGAAGCCUUCAACUACUCGACGCAGCGCGGCGACCUCGACGCCCGCAUCGCGCACCUGACCCAAGGCCGCGGGGUCGACGUCGUGCUGGAGCUGGUGGGCGCCAAGCCGGCGUUGGGCAUGGCGUUUGAGAUUGUGAGGCCCGGCGGCGUGAUUAGCUCCGUGGGCGUGCAUAGUACCGAGUUUCCGUUCACGGCGACGCAGGCGUACGAUAAAAAUGUCACGCUGCAUAUGGGGAGGUGUCCCGUCGCCAGCGUUUUUCCGGAGGCGCUGGAGUGUCUGGAGAAGGUGCAAGACAAGCUGGGGUUCUUGACGGAGACGGUUGUGCCGCUGUCGCAGGCGGUCGAGUACUAUGAGGUUUUCAAUAGGAUGGAGGUGCAAAAGGUCAUCUUUGAUGCAGAGAAGUAG